AUGUCGCUGGAAUUAGGCGGACGAAACGAUAUAGAUAAUGUGAUUGACAAAAUUAUCUCCCAUUACUCAGGAUAUGCUCUCUUUCAGCGUUUGAAUUUCUAUGGAUUGAGUGGUAACAGAGAGCUUCAAACUAAAAUAUAUGAGAGGCUUGUCAAGCUGGCGAAAGAAAGUGCCAAAAGUACUACUUUAUAUGAAGAAUACCGCAAAAAGCUUCAUCGACUGAAACCUGACAGUCCAUUGGUAAUAGAGGACCCUGAAUGGAUAGCUAAAACCGAUUCAGAGUUUGAACAAGUUACAAGUUCGUUAGAUUCAGCUGUUCGAACUCACGCGGAAAACCAGGAAUAUAAAGAGGCAUCUCUGGCUUCAAUUGAGAUUGGAAUGCUCUAUAUUAAUAAUGGAGAUUUAAUUGGUGCUCAAAGAUAUUUUCGAAGAGCGCUGGAUCUCUCAGGUAGCAACUAUGGGCCAAGAAGAUUUCCUACUGUAACUGGGCAAUCACAACUCAGGCUUGCUGAGAUAUCUAUACUUACUAAACAAUGGUCCAUAGCAAAGAGUCAGAUCCAUAGGAGUUUGCCAGUUGAUAAUAACGGUAAACUGAAAUUAUCACAAAUUCAAUUGGACAGCCCUAGCAUUGUGGGAAUGCAAGUUAUUUACUCAAUAGCCUGCUUGGGGAUUGGUGAUUUCGAAGAAUGUGCUGGCUCGUUUCUAAAGAUUGGUGAAGGAUUAAGCGGUAAUAGGGAGAUGGAUUCGGUGGAAAUACCGAGAGCCUCGAAGAUGGACACAGAAGGGACUGGCUUUGAAGUGAGAGCAGAUCAAAGAGGAGAAAAAGUUAACAACAACACAAAACAGGCUAGUACGUUUUCAGAUAAUGAAGACCUGACAGUUUCUGCUGAAUAUCUGGAAAAAGUUCUAGAAUCUAGUCAGGUGAUGAAGUUUAAAGAUAUUGGCCCAAUUGUUACAGUAUGUUCACUGGCAACAUUUUCACGACAGCACCUUCGUUUUAUGAUCGACAAAGACUCUCUUUACUCUACUUUUAUUGAGGAAACUCCGUAUUUACGAAAUCUUGUCUCCUCAUUUUUGAGUUUGAAGUUGGAUGGGUUCUUUGCAUUGUGGAGCGCACAUUCCUCGUCGUUUGAAAUGGAUCCGUAUCUUGGGCCCCAUUUGAAUAGUUUGUACCUACGCAUCAAAGAAAGAGCCUAUGGCCAAUAUCUUUCAGUUUUCAAGUCUGUUCCACUAGAAUCGAUGCAACAAUUAUUUUCUGAGGGACAAAGUGCCAUUGAUGGUCUCUCAUCUUAUAUUGAAAAAUCCGGAUCUGAUAUGAGAGUAGAUCAAUUAAACAACGUAGUAUCUACUGCUCCUCAGAACCAGUAUUUGGAAGUUUAUACAAAAAGUGAAAGCGUUUCUGCCGAUUUUAUUCACGAUUCCUAUGGUCUCAUAUGGGGGGUCAAUUGUAUGGAUCUCCCGUCAGUUCCUAAUGUCACGAACUAG